AUCAAAUGUAAAUAUAUUAAUUAACCAAUAGGAUGUUAGCGUAUUAUUAACCAAUCACAAUCAUAGAGAUGUUACAAAUCAAAAUAAUUUCAUUGGUAGAUCUGAUAGAAGACAAAAUUCAUUGGUUGACAUAUUUCUUAAUUCAUAAAUUCAAUAUAAAACCACGAUUUUGAUUGAGAUGACGUAUCUGGGCUUCAGUUUUGUUGCUUAAGCAAGUUUAUUCCUAUACACUCAAUUCUAAUAAUGGGAAGAAGUAAAUUACAAAUAUAUGGUCCAAAUGGUGAAAUUUAUCAACCUACAUUAAAACUUCAAUCAAAUACUAAUCCUGAAAAAGAUGCUGAAGAACUUUAUCAAGCAAUGAAAGGAUGGGGAACUGAUGAACAUCGUAUCAUUAAUGUUUUGGGUUAUCGUAAUUCUAUUCAACGAAUUCAAAUACGAGAAACGUUUAAAGCAAUGUAUGGAAAGGAUUUAAUAGAUGAAUUAUCUAGUGAAACAAGCGGUCAUUUUAAAAAACUACUUAAAAUGUUAUUAACUGAUAUAGAUAUAGUGAAUGCACGUGCAUUAUAUAAAGCAAUUAAUGGUGCAGGUACUGAUGAAGAAACAAUUAUUGAAGUUUUAUGUACAUCAACUAAUACUGAAAUUGAAAAUAUUAAACAAGCAUAUCAAUAUGUCCUAAAGGCUUAUGGAGUCAGCGAUCCUAGAAGAACUUUAGAAAGUGAUGUUCAAAAUGAUUUAAGUGGACAUUUUCAAAAUCUAGUCGUUGCAUUACUUCAAGCUAGUCGUGAUGAAAUUUCAUAUGAAGAUGUUGAAAAAAUUAGUACAAAAGGAUUGAAAAGUAUAGUGAAUAUGAAUCAAGUUGAACAAGAUGUUGAAACAUUAUGGGAUGCUGGUGAAGCACAUCUAGGAACUGAUGAAUCUGCUAUCAUUCGAAUUAUAACCGGUCGAAAUGUUUGGCAUUUACAAGAAGUUGCUCGUCUGUUUGAAAAGAAAUAUGAUAAAACAUUGGUCGAUUCAUUAGCGUCUGAAACAUCUGGAGAUUUUGAAAGUGCUCUUUUAUUAACCUUAAAUACUUGUUUAAAUCGUCCAAAAGCUUAUUCUGAUUUAUUGUUGAAAGCAAUGAAAGGUGCCGGUACCGAUGAUUGUACACUAAUGCGUAUUAUUGUGACAAGAAGUGAGUUUGAUUUAGGAAGUAUUUGUGUACAAUUUCAAAAUGAUCAAGGUAGUUCACUUGAAGAUUGGAUACGUAGUGAAACAUCUGGUGAUUAUAGACGACUUCUAUUAGCAUUACUCGGUGCUGAUUGGCAAUAGAUAUGAAUCAUAUAAAUCUUUAUUAAAAUAAAACAAAAUUCAUUAAACAUAAUUAAUUUUGUUUAAAUAAGUUAUUAACAGAUUCAAUGUUCAAGAAAUGCUUUGUCAUUUGUUCAUGUAAUCAAUUUUGUUGUUGUUGUUGCUAUGUUUGAAUUGUUUCAUUUAAUGCUAUUUAUUUCGUCCUUUCAUAAUUAUCCUCUUCAUGAGUACUUUUAAAUAUAACAUUUAAUUGAUAAGU